AUGUCCACCGUCGAGACCAUUACUGUGCCAAGGCAGCCUGACAUUCAGUACCACCCUGACUAUGAAAAGUACAAGGAACGCACUCGUCAGCGCAAGGAGACUGAGACACUGCAAACAACUUUGCCUGCGGGAUUCCCACAGAAGCUAGUCUCCCCGCUGGUUUGGGAAGGGAGUGAGGUUGUGAAAGGAGAAAAUUGGAUCUACCACUUGAAGGAUGCUGAGUUGGAGGAGGUCGACGCUGCUUUGAAGAGUUUCAAAGCUCUCAAUCUUUCUCUCGGAAAUAUUAACGAGUCCACCUUCCCGCUGCCUACUCUUCGACCUACACUUCGAGACCUUUCGAAAGAGCUUCACGCCGGCCGGGGUUUCUUUGUGCUACGUGGCUUGCGCGUUGACGAUUACUCUCGUGAAGACAACAUCAUCAUCUAUACUGGCGUUUCGUCUCAUGUUGGUAGCAUUCGAGGCCGCCAGCAAGACACUCGACUGGCCAACGGUACAUCGCCUGUGAUUUCCCAUAUCAAAGAUCUCACAACCACGUUUGAAGCGGAAAAGAUUGGCGCGCCUUCCAAUACUGCCGAUAAACAAGUCUUCCACACCGAUGCAGGCGAUAUCAUCUCGCUUCUAUGUUUGAACCCUGCCGCAGAGGGAGGAGAAAGCUAUCUAUCCAGCAGUGGACAUGUGUACAACAUUCUAGCCAAGGAGAGACCCGAUUUGAUCCACACCCUAUCUCAAGAUUGGCCCGUCGAUGGGUUCAAUAACCCGGCCAAGCCCUAUGUCCUGCGCCCUCUUCUUUACCACCAACCCGCCACGGAUUCCACCCCCGAGCGAGUUUUGAUCCAAUACGCAAGACGCUACUUCACUGGCUUCCAGGCCCAGCCUCGAUCGAAGGAUAUUCCCCCGAUCACCGAAGCGCAAGCCGAGGCUCUUGAUGCGCUGCAUUUCUUGGCGGAAAAGCAUCGUGCCGUUCUAGACUUCCAAAAGGGCGAUGUGCAAUAUGUGAAUAACCUUAGUAUUUUCCACGCGCGGAAUGGUUUCAAGGAUGCGCCGGGGAAGCAGCGUCAUUUGCUGAGAAUUUGGCUGCGUGACCCUGAGAACGCGUGGGAGACCCCUCAGCCGCUCCAACAUCGCUGGGACACAGUCUACAAGGAUGUUGCCCCCGAUGAGCAGACGUUCCCCUUGGAGCCCAUACUUCGUAAGAACGUGGGAUCAUAG